AAACACGGGGCUUCAAUUUGGGCUUUCCGAGCUUUACUGAAGGCAUCCCAACGGCUCUCCUCUUUGCUAGUGCUAGCUAGCCUGUUUGCUAAUGCGGCUAUGAUACCUUCAGACGACGUCCAUUUACACGCACAAUUCCUGCCUUUAAACCAAUUUAAAUCGUUUAACAACCUCUCCAUCCUUUUAAAAUGCAUGUUUUUUUCAACCCAGCGAGAUGGACAACUAUCUCACUUCAGCGACUUUAUUCGUCGGACGACAAUGUUUAGUUGCGCAACAGACAGCUGCAGCUAAGCUAGCACCGAUUUAAUUAGCUUCCUGUUUUGUUGUCCUUAUGUCCAAUUGAAUAAGAGCUCUUGAAAUGAACACACCCUGCUAUGCAUCUGUGAUUAUUAGCAUCCAGCUUGGGUGGCAACCUUAAGAGGAAGAAGAAGACGCUAAGUGUGAGCUAAUGUUGCUAACUUUGUUGGAAACGCGAAUGGAGGAGAUGCUAGCGUGUCGGGCUGACUUUACCCUACUUCUCAGGUGAAGACUUCCAAGACCGGCCUGGCCUGCCCAACACUUUACGGAGGAUGGAAACGCACUCAUCAUUAGCUGCUAGGCUAAUCGGUGUUUUCUUUUCUCCCUCAAACCUCAUUAUGAAUCCACACAUGGACGCUGUUGUGUGAUUUACAUAAUAAUCAUGGGCAAGGAGGAAGUUUCCCAAGAAGAUAGCCACUGUUACAACAUGGAUUAUUGAUCUCAGCUCUUCAUUUCGACCACAUUUGUUUUGUAAAUGACUGGAUUGACUACGACAUGGCUGCGAUCGCGGAGUUUGUCCCCCCUCCUGAGUGCCCGGUGUUCGAGCCCAGUUGGGAAGAAUUUUCGGAUCCAUUAGGAUUUAUCAACAAAAUCCGUCCCAUUGCGGAGAAAACGGGCAUCUGCAAGAUCAGACCUCCCCAGGACUGGCAGCCUCCUUUUGCCUGUGAUGUUCGCAACUUCCGCUUUACCCCAAGAGUCCAGAGACUAAAUGAGCUUGAGGCACUCACUCGAGUUAAACUUAACUUCCUGGAUCAGAUCGCAAAGUUCUGGGAGCUGCAAGGAUCUAAGAUUCGCUUCCCUCACGUGGAGAGGAAGAUUUUGGAUCUCUAUCAGCUGAGCAAGAUUGUUUCUUCUGAAGGCGGGUUUGAGACAGUCUGCAAAGACAAAAGAUGGUCCAAAGUGGCGACUCGCAUGGGUUACCCGCCGGGAAAAGGCACUGGGUCUCUUCUGCGCUCACAUUAUGAGCGAUUCCUUUACCCCUAUGAACUCUUCCAGUCUGGAGCAACUCUUACGGGCAUCCAGCGGCUGUAUGAUGAAGGAACAGAUGGGGAAGAAGUGGAUGAGGGUGUCGGGGAGGAGGCGAUGGAGGAAGAGGAGCAAGAAGAGGAAGAUGAAAAGGAGAAAGACAGAGAGGGUGACGUGACGCAAACCAAAGAACGGCUUCAAUCAGAGCGGCGCUCCCGUCGACUGAAAUCAGAGAGGGAAAACAAGGAGCCAAAAGGUCUCAAAAUCUUCGGAACAAGUCCCAAGAUGGUCGAUUUGGAGAUAGUACCAGCUGAUGAUGGGUUCGUUAAGAAGCAGCGGCACCUCAAAGCCCAGGCCUUCGCCAUUAAAAUGAGACCACGCAAGGAGACGCUGGAGGUUAACUUUAUCGACCUUUAUUUGUGCCUGGUUUGUGGACGAGGAGACGAGGAGGACCGACUGCUGCUGUGUGACGGCUGUGAUGACAGCUACCACACUUUCUGCCUCAUUCCGCCCCUGCAGGAUGUGCCCAAAGGAGACUGGAGGUGCCCCAAGUGCGUCGCUGAGGAGUGCAGUAAGCCCAGAGAAGCCUUUGGCUUCGAGCAGGCUGUGAGGGAGUACUCUCUGCAGAGUUUUGGUGAAAUGGCAGACCAGUUCAAAUCCGACUAUUUCAACAUGCCGGUUCAUAUGGUUCCAACAGAGUUGGUGGAGAAGGAGUUCUGGCGCCUGGUCAGCAGCAUCGAAGAGGAUGUUAUCGUGGAGUACGGCGCUGACAUCAGCUCCAAGGACGUGGGCAGUGGUUUUCCUGUGAAGGAUGGCAAAAGGAGGCUCCUAGGAGAUGAAGAGGAGUAUGCAAACUCUGGCUGGAACUUGAACAACAUGCCGGUUCUGGAGCAGUCGGUUCUCACACACAUCAACGUGGACAUAUCAGGCAUGAAGGUGCCCUGGCUCUACGUGGGCAUGUGCUUCUCCUCGUUCUGCUGGCACAUCGAGGACCACUGGAGUUACUCCAUUAACUUCCUCCACUGGGGCGAACCCAAAACCUGGUAUGGCGUGCCGGCCUCUGCGGCGGAGAAGCUAGAGGCUGUGAUGAAGAAGCUGGCCCCAGAGCUCUUUGACUCUCAGCCAGACCUGCUGCACCAGCUCGUCACCAUCAUGAAUCCAAACGUCCUCGUGGAUCACGGCGUCCCGGUUUACAGGACCAAUCAGUGUGCCGGAGAGUUUGUGGUUACCUUUCCAAGGGCGUACCACAGCGGCUUCAACCAGGGCUACAACUUUGCAGAAGCUGUUAACUUCUGCCCUGCAGAUUGGUUACCCCAAGGCCGCCAGUGUGUCGCUCAUUACCGCCGUCUCCACCGUUACUGCGUCUUCUCCCACGAGGAGCUGUUGUGCAAAAUGGCAGCUGAUCCAGAGAACCUGAAUGUGGAACUCGCUGCCGCCGUCUUUAAAGAAAUGGAUGAGAUGAUAGAGGAGGAAACGAAACUCAGACAGGCUGCGCAGGAAAUGGGGGUUCUGUCAUCAGAGCAGGAGGUUUUUGAGCUGCUCCCAGAUGAUGAGCGUCAGUGCUUUAAGUGUAAGACGACCUGUUUCCUGUCUGCGCUGACCUGUUCCUGCAGUCCAGAUCGACUUGUUUGUCUCCACCACGCAAAGGACCUCUGCGACUGUCCCCUCGGCAGCAAGUGUCUCCGGUAUCGCUAUGAUCUGGAAGAGUUUCCAUCCAUGCUGUAUGGCGUGAAGACACGGGCUCAGUCCUAUGAGACCUGGGGAAAACGUGUCGCAGAGGCUUUAGCUGCAGACCAGAAAAACAAGAAAGAUCUGAUAGAGCUGAAGGUUUUGCUGGAGGACGCCGAGGACAGAAAGUAUCCGGAGAACGCAUUGUUCCGCCGCCUGGGGGAGAUGGUGAAAGAAGCAGAGACGUGUUCCUCAGUGGCCCAGCUGCUGCUCAGCCGCAAGCAAAGGCACAGCAGCCGCCUUCGCUCUGAGAGUAGCCGCAGUCGCACCAAACUGACCGUGGACGAGCUCAAAGCGUUCGUGGAGCAGCUCUACAAGCUGCCCUGCAUCAUCAGCCAGGCGCGACAAGUCAAAGAGCUACUGGAGACGGUGGAGGACUUCCACGAGCGCGCCCAGGUAGCGCUGUCGGACGAGAUGCCCGACUCCUCCAAGCUGCAGGAGCUUUUGGACCUGGGCAGCGGCCUGGAUGUGGAGCUGCCUGAGCUCCCUAAGCUGAAGCAGGAGCUGCAGCAGGCGCGCUGGCUGGAUGAGGUUCGUGGCACCCUCGCUGAGCCUCACCGUGUCACUCUGGAGCUAAUGAAGAGGCUGAUAGACUCUGGACUUGGUUUAGCACCACACCACGCAGUGGAGAAGGCAAUGGCCGAGCUGCAAGAAGUCCUCACUGUCUCAGAGCGUUGGGAGGACAAAGCCAGGGCCUGCCUGCAGGCAAGGCCUCGCCACAGCAUGGUGACCUUAGAGAGCAUUGUCCUGGAGGCAAGAAACAUCCCAGCAUAUCUGCCCAAUGUUUUGGCUCUGGAAGAGGCCCUGCAGAAGGCCAAGGAUUGGACCUCCAAAGUGGAGGCCAUCCAGAGCGGAAGCAGCUACGCUUACCUGGAGCAGCUGGAGAGCCUGCUGGCCAGAGGUCGCUCCAUCCCCGUACGGCUCGACUCGCUUGGACAAGUGGAGUCACAGGUGGCUUCGGCCCGAGCGUGGAGGGAGCGGACCGCUCGCACCUUCCUCAAGAAAAACUCCACGUACAAUCUGCUCCAGGUUCUCAGCCCUCGUGUGGACAUCGGAGUGUACAGCAACAGCAAGAGCAAGCGGAAGCGCGUCAAAGAGCUCCUGGAAAAGGAGCGAAGCGGCUAUAAUCCCGACGUCCUGAGCGAUCUGGAGGAAAGCCUGGAGGAGGUGCGAGAGCCUUCAGCUGUGGUGGCCGCCUUUAAAGUUAUGGAGCAGAAGGAAGUGGAGGCUAUCCACUCGCUGCGCGCCGCCAACUUGGCCAAGAUGGCCAUGGCAGAUCACAUCGAGGAAGUCAAGUUCUGCCUGUGCAGAAAGACGGCCAGCGGCUUUAUGCUGCAGUGCGAGCUGUGUAAGGACUGGUUCCACGGAGCGUGCGUCCCUCUGCCCAAGACGGGAACGCAGAAGAAAGUGGGCGUCGGCUGGCAGGGCAACAGUAAAGACUCUAAGUUCCUGUGUCCGCUGUGCCAGAGGUCACGGAGGCCCAGACUGGAGACCAUCCUGUCCCUGCUGGUUUCUUUGCAGAAGCUGCCGUCGCGUCUGCCAGAAGGAGAGGCUCUGCAGUGUUUGACAGAGAGGGCGAUGAGCUGGCAGGAUCGAGCACGUCAAGCCUUGGCUACGGAGGAGCUGUCCUCCGCCCUGGCAAAGCUUUCAGUGCUGAGCCAGCGCAUGGUGGAGCAGGCAGCGAGGGAGAAAACGGAGAAGAUCAUCAACGCUGAGCUGCUGAAAGCUGCUGCCAAUCCUGACUUACAGGGUCACAUCCAGACCUUCCAGCAGUCCGGUUUCAGCAGGGCGGCUUCACCUCGCCCGUCUCUGGACUACGACGACGAGGAAACGGAUUCAGACGAGGACAUCCGGGAGACCUAUGGUUAUGACAUGAAGGACCCGGGGGAGCUAAAGCCGUACCUGUUUUGUGACGAGGAGAUUCCUGUAAAGUCAGAAGAGGUGGUCAGUCACAUGUGGCCCGCUGCUACUCCUUCAUUUUGCGCUGAACACGCCUACUCAUCAGCCUCCAAGUCCUGUGUGCAAAACAUCAGCACUCCCAGGAAGCAGCCCAGGAAGACCCCCCUGGUACCUCGGAGCCUGGAGCCCCCGGUGCUGGAACUAUCGCUCCAGGCUAAAGCCCAGCUGGAGGAUCUGAUGAUGCUGGGAGACCUGCUGGAGGUGUCCCUGGAUGAGACCCAGCACAUCUGGAGGAUUCUGCAAGCCACGCACCCUCCCUCUGAGGAGAGAUUCCUGCAAGUCAUGGAGCCUGACAACUCUUUGCUGGAGAAGCCCCUCAAGAUCAAAUUUAAAGACUCGGAAAAGAAACGGAAGAGGAAGCUGGAGAGGGCGGAGCAGCACCACGUGUUGAUGGCCGCCGCCGGUGGCGCCUCGGCCGUCGGCGACCCCAGGCUCCAGAAAUCUAAGGAGCUAAAGCGAGUGGGCCUGGAGCUCGGCCUCGGGGUCAAACCUAAGAAGAAAAAGCUGAAACUCAACUUGGAAAAGAACAGGGAGAUGAAGCAGCUGGCCAAACGGUUAGCCAAGGAGGAGAAGGAGAGGAAGAGGAAGGAGAAGGCAGCUGCUAAAGCGGAGGCCAUCAAGGAAGGUCUGGAGAAGAGGAAGGAGAAGAAGAUCCUGGACAUCCCCUCUAAGUACGACUGGUCGGGUGCGGAGGACUCCAAUGACGAGAACGCUGUGUGUGCAGCCAAGAACUGCCAGAGACCCUGUAAAGACAAGGUGGACUGGGUUCAGUGUGAUGGCGGCUGCGACGAGUGGUUCCACCAGGUGUGCGUGGGCGUGUCGUGCGAAAUGGCGGAAAACGAGGACUACAUUUGCAUGGACUGUUCCCAGAAGGCUGCCGGCGGGGUGGAAGGAACCACCGUGGAAGAAGUGGCGGGGGAAAACAUUGUGGUCUUGGCUCCGUGCGGCGGAGCGGUAUCGUCUGUUGCUCCAUGGUCGGCCAUGUCCCUCUUAAACCCUGCAGCUUCGAACCAUCGGCCAGAGCCUCGCCAGGACAGCUAGCGCUAAAAAUGGGCUCUGCACCCCUUUGAAAAAAAUAAAAACUGUGUACAGGUUCGUCUGUGACAAAUAGACUUCUUUUAUCUUUCCAUGGGAGGAUUUCUGUUUCUGUCUGGAUUGUAAAGCACAAGAAAUAGGGAAUUUUCAACAGUUUCAUGGGAGAAAAGUUCUCAGACUUCUAAGAUGUGAUGUUGGUGCAGAGAGUUCUUCCUUCUAUUACACCCGUUGGUCUGAAACAUCGGCUACUCCCUUUAUGGUGUCAGUGCUCUAGUUCAAUUAAUUUACAACAAAACAGUUUUCCUAAAGCUCCAUUAUUUAGUCCGAUCAGACAAAUAUGUUCCCAGUCCUGGGACACUCUGUCCUACUCACUGCUGCCCUCUGCUGCCCAGGCAGAAACAUCUCAAUGUUUAGGACUAGAAGGAAGCAGAAAUGGUUCAAAUCUAGUGGAAUUAUUUAUAAUGUAUAUAACAUUUAAACAGUAAAAAAAAAAUGGUUUGUGGCUUUUUGUUUUCUCACCUUUUAAUAAAUGAUUCCUAGUCAAA